CCAAGCAUCGAGACACUUCUGGAGCAGUGUGUAGUUUUUUUGGAUACACGCGCCCGAACUGCAGCUUGAAACAGAGCGUGGAAAUGAGCAGUUGGUGUAAAGAUGACAACGCUUUUUUAGAAAUCCUUCAGAUCUGAGACCUCGGGAACACCCAGAGAACUGAACCACUCAAUGAUGUUUUCAGCAGAGUCCAUUUCGGCAACUUAUGAAGCUGGUCAACCUCUGAAGCGCAGCAGCAGCUAUGGAGUUCUGCCACCUGAUAUGUCUGAGCUGAGGGUUGUUUUGCUGGGCAACAGCUGGUCUGAGAGGAGUUCAGUGGGAAAUGUUCUCAUCGGAGAGACCGUGUUCAAUGCUGAGAAAGAAUGGAAUACCUGUCUGAGAGUCAGUGGACCUGUGGAAGACAAAACCAUAGCUCUCAUCAAUGCUCCUGAUCUGCUGGAUCCGAACAUGUCUGAUGACCAACUGACAGAGAUUAUAGACAAAUGUAAGAGUCUCUCUGAACCGGGACCUCACGUCUUCUUGUUGGUUAUACAGCCUGAAACCUUCACUGGGAAAAACCAGAAGAAGCUACAAUCAGUCCUGGAAAACUUCAGCGAUCUAUCAUUUGAUCACUCAUUGAUAGUGAUAUCAUCGCCUGGUGGUCAGAGCUCUGGUUCCACUGAAAACUAUCUGCAGCAUCUACCGGUAACAGAUAUGAUCAAGAAAUGUAAAGACAGCUUGUUUCGGCAGAACCUUGAACAAAAACAACUGGUAAAAGCUAUGGGAAAAAUUGUACAGCAGAGUGAUGGAGAUCACGUGAGCUGUAAUGUUUCCACAGCCACUACAUCUGGUUUGCCCAGUUACCGACCAAGCCUGACACAAGGAGAAACGGUCACUGUCAACCAGGAUCCUGUAAAAGCAUCUUCCUUCAGGAUUGUACUUUUGGGGAGAAAUGAGGACAAAAAGGGAAAACUGUUUAAUUUGAUUCUAAAAACUCAAGAUUCUUAUUUGAAAAGAUUCCAAACAACAAAACAAUGUGUGGCCUCCUGUGGGGAGUGGAGAGGAAACUCUGUAACAGUCGUGAAAACUCCAGACAUGCUCAGUCAAACUGAAGAUGUAGUAAGAACACAGGUGGAGAGGUGCAUCAGACUUUGCUCACCUGGACCAAAUGUUCUUCUGCUGCUAGUGGAUUCUGAUUUCAAUGAGAAGAAGAGAGAAAGACUGAACUUCAUCCUGAGCUUGUUUGGUCAUGAUGCCUUUAAAUACUCGAUGGUCAUCCUGACAGAAAAGAAGAUCAGUAACAGUGUAAAUAAGCUUGUUAAGGAAUGUGGGGACAGAAUGUGUGGAAUAAAUGACGCUACACGUAAAACGCUAAUGGUUGAGAUUGAGAAAAUCAUUCCUGGGCACAACAAGCCUUCUUUAAACCUGGUUCUGUUUGGGAGGAGAGGAGCAGAGAAGACGUCAGCAGCCAAGGCCAUUUUAGGUCAGACUGAGCUUCAUUCAGCCUCCAACUCAUCAGAGUGUGUUAAACAUCAGGGAGAGGUGUGUGGACGUUGGGUUUCCCUGGUGGAGCUGCCUGCCUUGUAUGGAAAACCUCAGGAGGCAGUGAUGGAGGAAUCACUCAGGUGUAUCUCCCUCUGUGAUCCUGAGGGUGUCCAUGCCUUCAUCCUGGUCCUACCUGUGGCUCCCCUCACUGAUGAAGACAAGGGAGAGUUAGAGACCAUCCAGGACACAUUCAGCUCUCGAGUCAAUGACUUCACCAUGAUUCUGUUCACUGUGGACUCAGAUCCUACAGAUCCAGCUGUUCUUAACUUUGUAAAGAAAAACCAGGACAUCCAGGAGCUCUGUGAGAGCUGUGGAGGAAGAUCUGUUGUUCUCAAUGUCAAAGACAAAGGGCAGAUAUCAAAGCUGCUGGAAACAGUGGAAAAGAUGACAUCUGGCAACGAUGAAUCAAGCUAUACACUCACCAUGUUUACACGUGUCUGUGUGGAUAAAAUCACCACACUCCAGGCGGAGCUGAAAAACUUGAAACCACAUGAUGUAGGCCUUUUGGAUGAAGAGAAGCAGAGCUCAGACUGUCUGAGAAUUGUGCUGAUCGGAAAGACCGGCAGUGGAAAGAGCUCCUCAGGAAACACCAUUCUAGGAAGAAAAGAGUUCAAAGCUGGCGCAAGCCAGACAUCAAUCACCAAACAGUGUCAGAAAGCAGAGGGUGACGUGGACGGUCGUCCUGUUGUCGUGCUCGACACUCCUGGACUCUUUGACUCGACUUUGUCACAUGAAGAGGUCUGUGAGGAGAUGACUAAGUGCAUCAAUCUUCUGGCUCCAGGACCACAUGUCUUCCUGUUGGUGUUGCAGAUUGGCCGAUUAACGCCAGAGGAGAAAGAGACUCUGAAACUGAUCAAGAAAGUCUUUGGGAAAAAUUCAGAGACGUUCACCAUCAUUCUUUUCACAGGAGGAGAUACACUCGAACGUUAUGAACAGUCUAUUGAAGAUUACAUUAAAGAUGCAUGUGAUGAUUCCUUUAAAAGUCUGAUCGCUGACUGUGAAUCGAGAUACCAUGUGUUCAAUAACCGUGAGAAACAAAGCUGCACACAAGUCAGUGAGCUGAUAAAAAAGAUUGACACCAUGCUUAACAAAAAUGGAGGAAAAUGCUUCACAAAUGAGAUGCUGCAGGAGGCUGAAGCAGCGAUAAAGAAACAAAUGGAGAAACUGCUGAAAAAGAAGGAAGAAGAGAUGAAGAGACAGAGGGAGGAACUCGAAAGAAAACACCAGGAAGAAAUGAAAUCAAUGAAAGCAAUAAUGGAAAAGCAAAGAGAAGAAAAUGAACAAAGAGAUGAGCAACUCAGACAGUUACGGGAAAGCAUUGACUUUCAGUCUGAAGAGAGAAAGAAAGAACUAGAAACUAGAAAGAAAGAGAGAGAAACAGAAGAACUUAAAAGACGAGGAUGGGAACAAAAAAUUCAAGAACUGGAGAAAAAACUACAAUCAGAGUCAGAAUCAAAGGAAAUGAUUAACAGGGAGCUUGAACAGUACAAAGAAAAUAUAAGAGAGCAGGAUCAACUGAAAGAAAAACAAAACCAAGAUGAUGAACAGAAAGAGCAGAAACUCAGGAAGCUCCAAGAAGAAUACAACCAAGUAAAAGAAAAAUUUAAAUGUGAAAAAGAAAAAGAGGAUGAAAUCAAAAUAGAACAAGAAGAGAAACUAAAAGAGUUGGAGGAAAACUAUAAGAAAGAAAUUGAAAACAUACAGGAAGACAUGGAGAAGUUUAAAGAAGAGGCCAGAAGAUCAGCUGAAGAGUUGAAUGAAUUCAGAGAAAAAUAUGAAGCUGGGAUAUUUAAACUCAUGGAGGAGGUGACGGAUCUAAAGGAGCAACAUCAGAAAGACCUGCUGGGAAAAAUGGAGGAAUAUGAAAGAUUAAAGGAUCUGUCAGACCACAAAGAAAAUAGUCUGAAGCAGGAAAUAGGUGUUCUGCAGGGUAAACAUAAAUCAGAAAUAGCUGAUUUAGUCCUGAUGCUCCUGAGUCAAAAGCAGGAAAACAAGAAAAAAAUAAAAAGCAUGCAGGAAUCACACAGAAAAGAGGAAGAGAAGCUUAAAAAGGAGCUUUUACAUGAGAAAAAGGAAGAAGAGAAGGAAGAAAUGUACUGA